AUGAGCGUAGGCGGACAGGAAGCGGCAUCUAUUUUCAAAGUAUUGGAUAGGAUUAAGGGUGUGAGCUGUCUGACAUUCGUCAAGAGGUCGAACGAGGUCAAGUUCCUAUGGUUCAUCAAGCCGAAAGAAAAGGGCUCUUGUGGGUCUACCUUUGGGUACGAUCCUCGUCCUGGAAAACCCACUAUGAUUUAUCUGGGCAAAAAACGCUGCUUCAAGCAGGGCGUUCUGCUUCACGAAGUCUUGCAUGGACUGGGAUUUGGACAUGAACACGCGAGACACGACAGGGACAAUUUCAUCAAGAUCAUUUGGUCAAAUGUUCCUGAAGGAAAACGUCUCCAAUUCAAGAAACUUCCAGCGAAACUCUACCCUGUACACGGUCCCUACGACUUCUACAGCAUCAUGCAUUAUCCACUGUGGCCACGCUCACGUCAAAAGGUGAAAGGAAAUCAAAGUAUCGAGCCCAUCACCCAGAAUAAACACAGUUUGAUUAAGCACAAAAUAGGUCAAAGAAUAGACUUGACUACGAAUGACAUCGAGAAGAUUCGAGUAGCGUACGGCUGCAACAAAGCCAAAAUGAAUACGAAGUCUACCACGGUGACACGUGCGACAUCUUCAGCCACUUCAACGGAAAGCUCAACUUUCGGGAAACUCGAAAGUAAAUCGAUGUCAAUGUCAACGAAUUCAACAACGCAGGAAUACACGAGAGAAUCGAUACCAAUAAAUUCAACGACAACGACGGAGAUACCUGAAUCAAUAGCAUCGGAAAACCAGAACGACGCAACUCCAGCAGCAAUGUGAUAUAUUGAAUGAAAUUCAAUGACAUCCAGGGAAGAAAUCGCGGCAACUUAUCCCAAAUGGAGUGAAAUCAAAAAACAAAAGCUGAUCGACACAAGAAUUGAGCUCAUGUGGAACCCGUAUGUAAAAAAAAAAAAAAAAAAUAUCGAGAAAAAUGGCAUUUAAAUGUCCAGAACAAUUCAACGAUUCCAACCUACAACGUUGAUUUUCUUCUGGUCCACAAAAUAUAGCAAAAGAACCUCAUUAAGUCAAACUUCAAGGGACUAGAAAAAUAAUUUGACUUGGGAGCAAGCAUUUUUGUCGGGGAAGAGAAAGAAGAAUUGCAUAUAUAAUUGUAAUUGGUGAUAUAUUUAGCCUUAAAUUGCUUCUUGAAUGAGCUGACAGGAUGCUGAACUUAUCAAGGGGUCAUAGUCUUAUUUCCGUUCAAAACACAUCAAUCGACAAUUUUAUUGCUUUCUCAUUCCUGUGCGAUAGCCAAAAGACCUCAAGAAAAUUUGAAUUUUGGAGUUUGAAGGGGGUUGACAAAGUUUGGGAGGUAAUUAUUCAAUUGUUUUUUCAAGUGAAUUCAGACAGGGACUCAAAAAAUUUGACAUAAGCCAUAUUAUUCGACUUAUAGAGAGAUUCAAGAC